AUGCGCCUCCGCGCCGACCUGGCCAUUCUUCUGCUGCUCGUCUUCCUGGCGUUGGCCUUCAUCGCCACGCGUAUCGCCAGCUUCGUCCGCAUCUUCUUCGAGCAUUCCGGCAUCGCCCUCACCCAGGAUGAGGUCGCCAUCGCUCACAACUCCACCUCAAACCCAGAUCGAAGGCCGCAGUUGAUCCCCAAGAUCAUCCACCAGGUUUUUCACAACUGGCGCGACCCGGGAAAUGAGACUAUUCCCUCCGAUUGGGAUGAUCUCCGCCAGUCGUGCAUAGAUUUAAAUCCCACCUGGGAAUACAAACUAUGGACGGAGAAAACGUCCCGAGAAUUUAUAGCAACACAUUAUCCAUGGUUUCUAACCACCUACGAUGGAUACAGCUUCCCCGUGCAGAGGGUUGAUACCGUGCGCUAUUUCUUGCUACUACACUAUGGUGGAAUCUAUCUCGACCUAGACAAUGGCUGUCUCGCCGACCUCACUCCCCUCCUCUACUACCCAGCCUGGAUUACAGAUGGUGGCCGUGGAGCCCUCAGUAACAACAUCCUUGGCGCCCGGCCGAACCAUCCAUUCUGGACCCUCCUCACAAACUCUCUAAUCCCAUAUAACUAUAAUUAUUUUUUCCCAUACGUCACAAUUAGCUAUGCCAGCGGGCAAUGGUUUGAAACGGACAUCUGGCAGAAAUACCACGCCCUGCUCCCCGCUCCCGGAAAGGAUGGAACGCAGGAGAAUAGAUUGUUUCGCAUCAUGAUGGACGAUCGACCAGAGGCCGAUCCCUGGCUGUACUUCAGUCAGGCCCGGGGUGGCACGUGGGUGAAUUGGGAUAACCGGAUGUUCUUGUGGAUUGGAGACCACCUUAUCUUGCUGGCGCUUGGUGUAUGCGGCAUAGUAGGCCUGGUUUGGUGGGCCAUGGCAAGGACGGUGUGUCGGAAAAAUAGAGGCUAUGCGAAACUCAAAAGUAAGCACAAAGAUGACGAUGUUUAG